AUGCGGAAGUGCCUGCGAACUUUUCUCAAUCCGAAGGAUUUUUAUGCCGCCCAACGGCCCGUGCUGCGCGUUUCAUUCCUAGCCGGCAUGACACCGUUUACGGUCGUGAAGGGACCCACGGAGUUGAUGAUGCUGCGCUGCACUCCGUUCGGCUACAUCAACUCCAGCGUGCACGUGAUCCUGUUCUGCAGCUGCUACGUAAAUGCGCUGCUCAACGGGGAAACUAUAACGAGGUUUUUCUUCCGCACGGACAUCAGCACGCUUGGCGACGUGCUGCAGUUUACCAUCGGCAUCACUGCACUCUUCAUGACCUUCUUCUGCAGCAUUUUCCAGCGGAACAAGCUGAUCAAAUCGUUCCACGCGCUAGCCAGUAUCGACCGACGCUUCAAGGAGAUCGGUAUGGAAACGAACUACAAGAGCACACUGCACUACAACCUGCUGGUAAUGUGCACCAAAGUAAUUAUCACCUCGCUCUACCUGGUCGUGUGCCUAACCGUGUUUAUCUCCUCCGACACGUAUCCGAGCGUGACCACAUGGAUGGCGUUUUUGCUGCCCUAUUUAAUGAUGUCGAUGGUGAUCGUGCUGUUCCUGUGCUUCGUCAACCAAACCAAGCAUCGGUUUCAUCUGCUGAACAAAGUACUGAAACACCUGAAGCAAGCGACAUUGGAGAAGAGAAUCUCUCCCCAAAGACGACCCAGCUAUUGGCAUGCGAUCAAAAUCCAGCGGCCACUUGGCAUCGCGUCCGUGUAUUCCAACAAUGACAAAUCCAUGCCAGACGUUGUGGCGACUGUGGCCGAAAUACAGGACGCACUGUGUGAAGCGUGUAGUUCCGCCGAGGACUAUUUUACGAUACAAAUGCUAAGCAUCGUGACGAUCGUGUUUGUAAUCAUCGUUUUCAAUUCGUACUAUGUGCUGGAUGCGCUGCUCGGAUCCACCUCACGCGACACACCGUUUUCCAAAGGACAGUUUGCGAUGUUUUUCCUCUGCCAGGCUAUGGUGUACGGCUUCGGAGUGUUUAACAUCGUGUACGGAAGUAGCUCGCUAGUGCACGAGAAUGACAACAUUGGUUCCAACGUGCACAAGCUGCUGAACGCGGCUGCUGGAGCGGACAGUGAGUUGGCGGGAAAAUUGAUGCAGCUAUCCUUACAAAUGUUGCAUCGCAAAGUGCGUUUUUCCGCCUGCGGACUGUUUAGCUUGGACUUUACACUGCUCUUUACGCUGGUGGGAGCAGCAACUACAUAUUUGGUCAUUUUGAUCCAGUACGAGCUGAGCAUGGACGAAAGUAAACACGAAACAAUUGCAAGAGCUUUCCUGGGUAAUGAAACGUGGUAA